GCCAAUGAGCGGCGGCGUCUCAGCCAGCGGCUCGAGCGGGCGGCAGCGCUGCGAGCGGGGCCGGGCCGAGCGGAGCGCAGCGGGGCCAUGGAGCGCGGGGCCGGCACCGCCACCGGCACCGCCACCGGGACGUGCGGCCUCUGCUGCCCCCCCCCGCCACAGCAUUAGCCCCCCGCCGCCCCCUUGCACCCCUUUCAGCCGCCUCUUGCUCUCUCCUCUAUGCGGCCGGGCCGGCGGAGCCGCCGCCAGGCCGCGCUCCCCCCCGCGCCGGGCUGCCCUCAGGCCGCUGAGAGCCGAUUGCACAGCGUUUUUGGGACACACCUCUGUUGGAUUUUAAUAUAUGUCCUGCUAGCAACAGCUUUCAACUAUGGAAUCGACGGUUGAUGAUGAGGCGAUGGCAGCAUAAAUGAAGAUCAAGUAAGGAAGGCAGAACGAUGCCCAAGGGUGGGUGUUCUAAAACACCACAGCCAGAAGAUUUCUCUCUCAGCAACGACAUGGUGGAGAAACAAACAGGGGAAAAAGGUAGCGAUAAAGAUAAAGUUUCUCUAACCAAGACUCCCAAGUUGGACCGGAGCGAUGGCGGCAAAGAGGUGAAAGAGAGGGCCACGAAGCGCAAGUUGCCUUUCACUGUCGGAACAAAUGGAGAUCAAAAGGACUCAGAUACAGAAAAGCAGGGUCCAGAGCGGAAGAGGAUUAAAAAGGAGCCCGCCACGAGAAAGCCUGGCUUGCUGUUUGGAAUGGGCCUUUCAGGAAUCCGGGCAGGCUACCCGCUCUCCGAGCGCCAGCAAGUCGCUCUGCUCAUGCAGAUGACAGCCGAGGAGUCUGCAAACAGCCCAGUUGACACAACACCAAAGCAUCCCUCUCAGUCCACAGUUUGUCAGAAGGGAACUCCUAACUCUGCCUCCAAAACCAAAGAUAAAGUAAAUAAGAGAAACGAGCGAGGAGAGACUCGGCUGCAUCGAGCUGCCAUCCGAGGAGAUGCCCGGCGCAUCAAGGAGCUCAUCAUCGAGGGUGCGGAUGUCAAUGUGAAAGACUUUGCAGGCUGGACGGCGUUGCACGAGGCAUGCAACCGGGGAUACUACGACGUGGCAAAGCAGUUGCUGGCUGCAGGCGCAGAAGUCAACACCAAGGGGUUGGACGAUGACACCCCGCUGCACGACGCAGCCAACAACGGGCACUUCAAGGUGGUGAAAUUGUUGUUGCAUUAUGGAGGGAAUCCUCAUCAAAGCAACAGGAAGGGGGAGACACCUCUAAAAGUAGCCAAUUCUCCCACCAUGGUGAAUCUGCUCCUGGGGAAGACGUACCCCUCCAGCGAAGAGAGCUCAACAGAGACGUCAGAAGAGGAGGAUGCCCCGUCCUUCGCUCCCUCCAGCUCUGUUGAUGGCAAUAACACAGACUCAGAGUUCGAGAAGGGUUUGAAGCACAAGCCCAAGGCCCAGGAGCCCCCCAAAACCAUCACCCCGGUGAAGGAUGAGUAUGAAUUUGAUGAGGACGAUGAACAGGACCGGGUCCCGCCAGUCGAUGACAAACAUUUGCUGAAAAAGGAUUACAGAAAAGAGACUAAAGCAAACAGUUUCAUUUCCAUACCCAAAAUGGAAGUGAAAACUUAUACUAAAAAUAACACAAUUACACCAAAGAAAGCUGCCCACCGCAUCCUGUCGGACAGCUCGGACGAGGAGGAGACCAGCGUUGCUGUGGGGACGGGGGAGAAGCUGCGACUUACGACCCACUCGAUAUUGCCCAGCAGCAAGAUUCGGGAGCCUGCCAGCACAAAGCCGCAGAAGGAGAAAAGCAAAGUAAAAAAGAAGCGGAAGAAGGAGACGAAAAGCAAAGAGGUUCGAUUUGGCAAAAAAAAUGACAAAUUUUGUUCCUCUGAAUCAGAGAGUGAAAACGUGGAGAGUGAGGAGGAUGACAGAGACUCUCUUCAGAGCUCUAGCUGUGUAAAGGACUCCAGGCUAGUGCUAAAAGAAUCCUCCUUGUUUAACUCUCUGUCUGCCUCAUCGACCUCUUCUCAUGGGAGUUUAGGCUCCCAGAAACAUAAUCCUAAUCUUACAGAACAGCACUCCAAGCACUGGAGGACGGACAAUUGGAAAACCAUAUCUUCUCCAGCUUGGUCAGACGUCAGUUCCUUAUCGGACUCCACAAGGACGAGGCUGACGAGCGAGUCAGACUACUCGUCCGAGGAUUCGAGCUUAGAGUCGCUAAAGCCGGAGAAGAAACCAGAGCACAAAAAGAAAAACACCACACAACACUGUUUCUGAGAAAAGAAUUCAUUCCAUAGCAAUGUGGAUGGAGCAAUUCCAAAGCUGGACAAGGAGGGGAAGGUUGUUAAAAAACAUAAAACAAAACAUAAACAUAAAAACAAGGAGAAGGGACAGUGUCCCAUCAGCCAAGACAUUAAAAUAAUCAAGACUUUUUCUUUUGAGUUUGAGGACUCUAAACAAAAGCCUGAGAAAGGCUUGAUAGUAGAGACAGAAAAUCCAGUCGAAAACAAAUUGAAAGUGUUAAAGCAUGAGCGAGAACACUGUAAGAAGGAAGAAAAACUCCCCAAAGGUAAAGGGAGGAGAAAGAGUGGUUGUUUAAAGAUGAGACUGGAAAAUCCUCUAAAGAGGAGAAAUCAUUAAGGAAAGUCAAAGAGGGUAGUAAAGACAUGAGCAAAUCCUUCAGAGAAGGAUUGAGUAAAUCAGAAAAAGAGAAACCUGUAAAGGAGAAGUCUCCCAAGGAGGAGAAGCCAAGAAUACACAAGGAAGAGAAAGAAGAAGUCAAAGGACAAGCAGUCAAAAUCUGAAAAGAAGAAUGAGCUGAAAGAGGAAAGGUUGCUAAACUAGAGAAAGAAAAAUCCUUCAAGGAAGAGAAGGAAAAAUGCAAAAAAGAAAAAAUGUACAGGGAUGAGUCUGGCUUUGAUGAGUUUAAUAACAAAAACCAAUUUCCCGAAAGCGAGGACACAAAGUUCAGCCUCUCGGAUGAUCAGCAAGAGAGGUGGUUUUCAGACUUGUCUUCUGAUUCCUCCUUCGAUUUCAAAGGCGAGGAUAGCUGGGAUUCUCCGGUCACAGAUUUCAGGGAGAUUAAAAAUGACACCGUGGCAAAACUAAUCAUAGAGCCAGUGAAAGAGGAAAUUAAAGACAAGAAAAAGGAAAACAAAACGAAG